AGCGGGAGGGGAACGUUCACAACAGUGGAGGGGGACGAGUUCGGGGGGGAGUGGGGAGACGGCGGGAGGUUCUUCGACAACACAGGGACGAACUGGGGAGGAGUUCUCAACGGGAAAGGGUACGCGCGGUACCGAUCAAACGCCAUGGUGGCCUUACGUGCGAUUCUCAAGGGCGUGAUGCGACCAGAAGAGGUGGGGACUGCGGGAGGAACGUAUGAGGGGGAGUGGUUCGACGGGGAGUGGGAAGGGAUGGGCUCUUUCUCCACGGCAAACGGCGACGUGUACUUGGGUGAGUUCCACAGAGGGAAGUACCACGGACGAGGGAUGCAGGAACUGCAGCUUGGAGGAUUCUACAAGGGCUGGUGGGUGGAGGGCAGGAAGGAGGGCAACGGGACGAUGUUUUAUGCCAACGGCGACAUCUACGAGGGGGGCUGGUUGAGGGACACGCGCCAUGGAUGGGGAAAGUUGUGGUUUUGGGAUGGAAGAGUCUAUGAGGGGUACUGGCGCUAUGGUUUAAAGCACGGCUGGGGUAGAGAAACGAUACAGAGGACCGGGCAGGUCUUCGAGGGGAAGUGGCAGGACGGGUUGCGAUAUGGGCACGGAGCGAUACACUAUGGCAACGGCGAUGCUUUCUAUGGCAACUUCGUGGACGAUGAGCGGCAAGGAGACGGCGUAAUGCACUAUGCUGAUCCCAACCUACGGGACUCAGGGGCUGACCUCAAGGCUAGCUUCAUGUUCGGAGAGCCACGGAAUGCCUUCAGCCCCAUCGUCAUCCGCAAGGGCAAUUUGACCGCUGGGAGCAUCACCAUGUACGUGCCGCAGGAUUCCAACCAGAUUGCCGACAACGCGCUGGAGUACUGGGGCAUCAGCAACACCAACUAUCUGGUGGGCACAGGGUACGCAGGAACGGGUUAGAAGAAGCCCCUGCUCAGAACCAGCUACAUGUUCAUGUCUAUCAUUGUCAAAGUAAACGAUCUUAAACGGUU